GUGACUGCGGUGGGCGCGGCGGUGGGGGAGGCGAUUUCUGCCCCUAUGGGGGAGGUAGUGAGUGACGUGAUCCGGGGUGGGUUUUUUGGUGGGUUAUUUGGGGAGGGUGUGUUCGGUGCAGGUGCAGCUGCGUAUCCCCUUUUUGGGAGUCUCGAUACAAGUGUGGAGUUUGCUAUUCGAUUCCUGUUCGCGUCGAUUGGGCUGGGAGGGUUUGCGCUAGUGAGGCAAGUUGCGAGGCGGCAGCACGAGCUGACACUCAAGAGGCGGGAGGAGACUUGGGGCGAGAAGGUGCUCGGAAGCAUCCGGGACUCGUGGGAUGCGGCGUGGGACACGUGGGGUAACACCGGACUGACCAACCCCAUGAUGGCUCUUCUGGGGGAGGGCGCAUCUGACGGUGGCGACACCAGCAGCAGUAGGGGCAGCAACGGCCAGGGGAAAACGGACCCACAGCCGGAGGAAGGAAAAUUGAAACGGAAGAAGCAGGAGGCGAAGGAGGGGCUGGCUGGGCUGUGGGAGUCGAUGGUCGGGGGCAGCAAGAGGGAGCGGCGGGAGCGGUGGGCGAUGGUGGUGGGGGGCGUGGAGCUGGGCGCGUGGAUGUUCGUGACGUACGCGGGGCAGGCCAUCGGACUGGAGACCACCUCCGCUGACGAUGCCGCCCUCAUCCUCACCAUCUCGGUGGUGCUGGUGCCGUUCCUGGAGGCCCUCUCAGGCACGCCCAUCAACCGCAGCGUGUGGAUCGCCACGCUCCUGGCGUGCACUGGCAUGGUGUUGCUGGAGGGGGGGGAGACCAUUACUGCUGUCGCAGUAGCAGCCACGCCUGGUGACGUCAUCGCCACCACAGCAUCAGCAUCCGCUGACGUCAUUGCAGACACGGCAGCAGCAGUGCUGGCGUCGGUGCCGGUGCAGUGGAGCCUGCCUGUGGGCCACGUGUGGUGCCUCGUAGGCGCUGUGGGCUCUGCAAUUCAUGUGGUGCGAUCUGAGGUCCUGUGCGCGCGCUUCGAUCCGCUCAUCCUCGUUAUCCUUCAGCUGGCCACCACGGCAGCCAUUGGGGUGGUGUGGGUGCUUCUCUCCCUCGCCGCCAUUGCCUUCACUGCAGGGGGGGGCGCGGUGGGGGGGAUGGACAGCAGUGGCGCAGUGGUGGCGUGGAACCAGCUGGUUGCGGUUGCUGCAGCCGCCCCCAUCGGCAUGGCGCUGCUGGCAGGGCCGUUUGGCACAGGCAUGUGCGAGUGGCUUGAGAUGGAGGCGCUUCGGUUUGUUCGAGCAUCGACGGCCACGCUCAUUCUCACCAUGAGCCCCUCUGGGGCAGCCUCCUGGCAUUCUUUUUGCUAGGAGAAACACUUAGCACCUCCACUGCCACUGGCGCCAUUCUCAUUUUGCUUGCCAGCCUGGAGGUACAGCUCUUAGCGCCACAUGCUGAUGGGGAGGAUGAGGAGGGAGCGGAGGGAUAUGAGCAAUUUGUGAAAGAAGGGAAGGGUGGGUGGUUGGGAUUUGGCAAAAGGUGGUGAUGGAGGGGUGGAGAUGGGAGAGUUGGUCAUGGGAGGUGUUGUCAACUUAUACAUAUUAUCUAUGUAGAAGUUAUAGGCUAGACUGAGGUAUGCUUCUAGUGAGUACAACCAACUAGUAUUUGUUCUAGGUUUCCACCUC